AUGGCCACAGAGCCCGUAUUUCACAAGCUAGCUGAAGUUUCUGUUCCGCACCAACUGAGCAACCUCUCCAACGGUGCCCAGAAUGGCGUCGACUACUCUACUUUAAACGGCAGUUUCCACAACGUUGAGGACAUAGCCAAUAAGCGCAUCACCAGUGUCGAAGAGCAACUACAUUCCACCGACGUCAGUGUUAGCGGCGGUUCCGAUACGGAAGCGUCACGAGCAAAGGAUGGCGACAAGAGCCACAGCCGGACCGGCUCUGCCGCCAGGAAACCUGCCACGUUCAAGGCCGUCUCCGUCAACAGGACAUUUCUGGCCGCCAAGGCGAACAGCUCGACUAUAGCCUCAAAGACGACAGAACGACCCUCGGGCGGCUCAAGUACACCACCUCCCGGGUCAUCAACACUAUCGGCGUCUCGACCCAGGCUUGUCGUCAAAGCUGGCACCGGCGCUAGAGAUUCGAUGCCGCGUUUUGCUACCGUGAAUGGCGGCAAGCCAGGGUCUGUGCCAGAUGCGAACGCAGUAUGGAACAAGAACCGACCGCCAGAGCCCAAGAAGUUCACCGACGAAGAGCUCAAGAAGUACGGAAUUCAUAUGGCUAGUCGCCUUAAUGAAGACGAUGCGCAAGGGCAGAACAAAUGGGCAGAUAUUGACGAUGAUGACGAAGACUGGGCUCCAGAGGCAAUCACGUGGGGGGACGGAACAAAAACGAAGCUGCCACAUCCCGAUGAACACCCACCUCCUGAAGAUGCCCUUCAUGCCUCACAGGAUGUAUUUCAUCAGAAGCAUGAGAUACCAGGACAAGCCCCCCAACCGGAGUACUCUGCACCAAAAUAUACUGGUCUACCUUCCGGAAAAGGUCUUGUGCUUAAAGGCGCCAGUCAAGACCGCCCUGCUCUCGUUGCGAAGCCGCCACAGCCACCUGCUCUCGCCAAAUCUCCUUGGGCCCAGCUCCCCCCGGUUGAGCGGCCCCCGCAGCCUUGGAGUGAAUCGACAGGCUCACCUCGAGGCUCUUACAAAGAGCCGUCACCGCUGAAGACGAUGGGCUACCCACCCAAAGAGAUCGCCGCAGAUGAUUUUAAUCGUACUUCAUGGAGAGAUGGCCACGGCGGCAACGGUGGGCGCGAGCUCUACAACUCUCACUCUGGACGACUUGAACCUGUACCAGACCGCCGCGGAUCCAUGCUUUCCGACCAUUCCGGUAGACAGCCUGCCGUUCUCCAGCGGCAAGCCAUGGAUCACCCAGAGCCAUCCAGUGCUUUCCAAACUAGCCGAACUAACCAAGAAUCGUCUUUCAACCGAAGAAGAGCAUCCUCUACCGUCAGCGGUGGCAGUGGCCUUCUCCAGCGUGGCCCUCGCGGUGCUGAGGGAUCUCAACACCACCCUGCAGACGAACAUGGCCCCCGCCGGCCUUCCUUCUCUGGCUCAAAUGAAGGUCGCUAUCUUCAGCAAAACGCGAACGGCCCUAAUCGCCAGCAUGGUCCUUGGAAUAACUUGGAAAUCCCGGACGUAACCCAAACAGGGCACCCUAUGCCAGAGGAGGAUGAUAUUGAGUACCAGAAGAAGCUCAUGAAGGAGCGCAUCGAGCUUGCCCGAGCACGUCGGCAAGAGGAAGUUGCCCUGGAAGAAGCGGCGCGCAAAGAACGUAUCCAGAAGAAGCUCGAGGCGCUUGGCCCAGCACCGGAAAAGAAGAACGAGAAGAAGGACAAUGCCAGUCGUGACGAUGCGAGGCCAACCCAAAUUCAUCGUCGUGAAGGGUCGAUUGAUGGGCAGCCCCCUCAUCAUUCAAGUAGUACCACUAAAGACGCGACAGCGAGACGUCUGUCGCAGAAUCAGGAACAGCAACCUGCCGAACCAUGGGUUGGUACCAGCCCCCGUCCAGACAGAUUGACUACUUGGGCAGCUGGACAUAAUGGCCUAGGCAGGAAUGUCUGGGGUUCUCCAGAUAACGACCGUGGUCUUGGUAAUGGAACAUUCAAUCCGGACUUGGGCCGGAUCCCUGGCGCGACGGGCACAGCAAUUCAGCCUACAAAUGGCCCGCAGCCACUGUCAUUACCUGCGGUGAUGCAAGCAGCGCCCAUCGGAUCCCGGACUUCGAGAUACGAGACCUCUGGAAGCGAUCUUGCUAGUAAAUGGGUUAGUGCUGUUGCCGAUAACGACAAGAAGCUGAGUGCUGCCAGAUUGGCCGAGCAUGCCAACAUGGAUCGCCAGCUAGCGGAACGGGGUAUUUCAGCAGAUGAUGCUCAGCCUGUGAUCAAAGAAACUUGGCGACAAGUACAUGCACCUGGCGAUGGCACACGCCAAUUGACGAAUGCCACCGAAGUGCAGAUGCAUACCUCCAGUACCUGGAAACCUGACCCGCGCCAUACGAAACAGCCAGGACCCGCGGCUCCUGCGGGCGUCAUUGGAUCCGCGCCACCCCAUAUGCUUACGCAAAACGCGAACGCCUCCUCACAACCGCGAACCUCUCGCUUCUUCCCCGCGAAGGAGCAGCGCCUUGACUCGCCCCCAGAUACAAUCAGGCCGUCUUCGCCGUCGGCUCCCCCACCUACAAUGGAGGGUCAUCCUGCAUAUGAGGGCGAUGCCAAACGUCCUCAUGUUUCGCUACCAAAGCCACAGCCUGUCGUGAAACUUCCGCCACUCAUCACCCACCACCAGACGCCACUCAACCGACCGCAGUCCGCGUGGGGAAACAAAGGACAGAUCAACGGCCGAGGACCUCAGCCGUAUGGCCAUCAGUCUCAACGAAGUGCGGAGAGCUCCCAAGAACAGUGGCAGGACCGUAUCAACAGCCUACUGCAUAAGGCUUCGCCUCCGAAGCCAACUAUUGGACUCUACACUGUGAAUGUUGCUAGCCGGUCUGGCUAUGAGCACAACGGACCAGGAACUGCAGCAACAGUGGUCCUUCCCGGGAGUCCACGUCAACCCCAGCGAGCCGUAUUUGCUUCAAAGCCUGCCGAAUCCAAGCCUAUGGCCGAAGAAUGCUUUGAGGAGCAGGAGAUGGGAUCUCUGCCCAUUAUUCGAUUUCCAAGCCAAACUCCUGAUGCUGCCUGGCAACCCGUCGUGAUUCAGUUCAAGCCUCUACCUAAGCGGUAUCUUGUUCAUGCCUCUAUUAUGGAGCCAUUUCGGAUCUCUGAUGAGCACUCUGGUAACUCUGCCAUGAUCCGUGUUCAUCUUCCAGGCAUGCGGGAGCAAAAGACCGUCGCUGUUCUCCAAACUGCAUCCCGUGGCGGCCGCGGUAACGGCAGACCGUCUCCUCGCCAUCGUGGCGGUGGGCGAGGCGGCAAGCGAGACGUAUCAAAUGCUCACGGAGACUCGCCAACAAGCCACAGCCGUGGCAGCCGUGGAGGUUACCGCGGAAAGGCUUCCGACAACUGGAACCGCAAUGCGGCCCGACCUCAGGCUCAAACGCAGCUCUCAGCUUAG